UACGCCAAGAUCAAGAAGCUCUCCACGCAAGUCGGGGUUCAUGUGUUGUUGCUGAUAAGUAAAGAAAAGGUUGAAAGUGAAUAUAUUGAAGUAACAAAGAAGAGGGCAUAAAUUUUGGGUAAUAAGAGAAAAGAAAAGGAAGGAGAAAGAGGAAGAAAACAUUAGACCCAGACAGACAGUGAAGGACACGUCAGUGAGUACUGGUAAAAGGCAACAAUCGUCCGACCAGCAAUCUCAACUAAGGGAAUAAAGUUUCAAAUAAGGCAUUACCAUAUAAAUGGAGUGAAUAAUAAGCACAAAUAACGUGGAAGAAUCAAGAAAAUGUGAGGAAGGGGAAGAGGAACAAUAGGGAGGUCACAGUAGUCACUCGCAGGGAAGGAGGAGGCAAGUGGGCGAGGUAAACAAACGUCACCUGAUCACAUUCCUGCCAAGCGGUCACCUCUGUUCGGGAAAUGUUCUCCGGCAAGAAGGAAGACAAGCCCCGCCGAGCCAGGAGGGGCGGGAAUCUUGCUAUGCUUGGGCUGAUGGAUGUCCCAGACCUAGAUAGCCCCAGUGAUGGUGAGGGGGACGCAGCACUGGAGGCCGAGCUGCUGGCACUCACCGGGGGCAGCAGCACUCAAAGUCCAAAGGGAAAAGGCAAGGCUGUGGUGUCCCCAGACCAGCUGGCUAAGAUGGUGUCCAACUGCAUGAGGGAUGAUGAUGAUGAUGAGGCCUUGGAUGAAGAUGAUCCAGAUCUGCUGGCAGAGCUGUCAGCCUUGAGUCAGGAUGAUGCCAGAGAGAGCAUAGAGACAACCCCCUCCAGACCAGCACCAGCAGCACCACGCAGAGAAGCGUCUGACUACCGCAACCCAGAGCCUUUCCUCCCUAGGCAGGCCCCCAUGGCAGCAGGGAAGAGUGUGCUGGAGCUGAUUACAGAGAGGAUAGCCAUGUAUGAAGCAGCAGAGGCAGAGGCAAAGGCUGGCGGGGAGUCUUCCAGAGUACGCAGGUUCAAUCGUGGCCUCAAGACAUUAAUGCAGAUGCAAAAGAGUGUGAAAGCUGGCAAGCCAAUCAACGAGGAUGAGAUUCCACCUCCUGUUGUGGUGCGUGGUGGUGACAGAACACCAAGGGAUGCCACACCAGCAGCACCACAACCCACUGAGGACAACCCACCCUCCGUCCCACCCCAUAGCAAAGGUGUGGCCCCAGCGUCCAUCCCUCACAGUGUGGCUUUUAGUGAGCAGAGUCGCACCUCCCCACAGCCACAGCCCAACCCCAGCAGCCAGAAGGAGCCACAAGACCCACACACUGCCUCACCGCCCCCACGGCAGCCCCCACAACCAGCUGAGCCCCCUCCCCCUCUGCGGAGAACACCCUCGACCUCCUUGGCUCCCUCUGGCCCAGCAGCCACCAUCCGACAGCUCCACACACAGUACAAGACAGCAGCACUGGCGGCUAAGAAGGCCGGUGACAAGGACCAGGCUAUACACUACAUGCGCAUCAUGAAACAAAUGGAACCAAUGCUCAAGGCAGCCGAGAAUGGGCAGCCUGUUGACUUGACCACUCUCCCCAAACCACCAGGUCAAGCACCUCCCUCCCAGCCGCCCCCAAGAGAGACCCUGAGUGAGACCAGCGUGCCCACACACCAGUUUGCAGGCAGUGGUAAUGGCACUGAGUCACCAGAGGUAGCAAGAGAGGCAGGAGGCAGGGCAGAGGUAGCCCCAGCCCCAGGAGACCCCCCUCGCCCUGCCUCAGUACUGGAGGCCCUGCAGCAGAGACUGGCCAAGUAUACAGAGCAGAGGGACAAAGCCAGGGCUGAAGAGAACGCCCGCAAGGAACGCAUGAACCAGCGCAUCAUGAAGCAGUACGAGGAUGCCAUCAAGAAACACAAGGCGGGAAAACCAGUGGACUUUGAUGAACUGCCUACCCCACCAGGCUUUGCUCCAAUCCCUGUUGGGGGAAGCUCUGCGCCUCCCGUGGCUGCCACUCCUGCCUCGGCUGCUGGGGAAGGCACCACAGGGGGACCACCACCACCCAAGCAGCAACGUCCAGCCCCAGGCCCCCCCACUGCAGAUGCCAAACCUGCACCUCCUCCUAAGAAUGUGAGACAAGCCCCCAUGUCCCGUGUGGAGAGGCAGAUGACACUGCUCACUCGCCGGCAGACACAGUUCAAACAGGCAGCACUGGAGGCCAAGAAGCGCGGGGAGAUAGAGCAAGCCAAGGAGUACCUCAGGAUGAGCAAAGGCUUUGACCAGCUGAUUGAAGCCACGCGCAACGGUCUGCCUGUUGACAUGAACACAUUGCCUGUGCCGCCUCAAGAGAAGAUGCCCCAGAGUAGCAGCACAGACUUCGAGCUGGUGAGUGCCGACGACUGUGUUGUGGCUCCGGAGGGCACAAGUGGUGACGUGGCACUCAUCUACACCAAGCUGGAGGAAGACCUCAUUGCCCAGAUCAAGAUGUGUGCUGAGACACGGGAACACUUCAAGGCGACUGGGGACGUGGCAAGCUCCAACCGCUUUGAGCAGCUCAUUCUACACACCAAGAAGGACCUGGAUGCUGUUAGGGCGGCCUUCAAGAGGGGCAGCACUCCACCCCGCUUUCACUACGAAAACAGAUCCUUCAACAUCAUCCAAUGCAACACAGACAUCAAUGACACAGACUGUGAGGUGAACAUUCUCCGAGGAAUCAACUUCAACGUGCAGAAUCCUAAGGAGGUGGACACCUUUGUCAGGGUGGAGUUUCCUUACCCAGCGGACAACCCACCUCAGGACCGAAGUGUUGUCGUCAAGGACACCAACAACCCAGAAUACAACCACAAGGUCGUGUUCAGCAUUGACCGCAAGUCUCGAGCACUGGCCAGGGUCUUCAAGCGACAGGCCAUCAAGUUCCAGGUCUUCACUAAGGGGAGUUGGUUCCAUCGUGACACUGUGCUGGGGUUGGUCAAAGUCCCGCUGGUGGAACUGGAGACCAAGUGCACUCUACAUGACUCCUUUGAUUUGAUGGAUGAAAGGAAGCGCAUGGUGGGCGGCAAGCUGGAGGUCAAAGUUCGUCUCAGAAACCCCAUUGUGGCAAAACAACUUGAGAAGGUCACAGAAAAGUGGCUUGUGAUUGAUGGAUUUUGAGACAUGCUGCCUCUCAACUUUGGAGGCAUCCUUCAGGAAGGCAUCUCCUCCUUGUUUAUUGUCCAUGACAUAGUGAUCAGUCUUGCAGCUUGAGCCCAGUGAUGUCCAGUCAAGUGUUUAAGAUGGGAUAAUUUUCUUUGUAAUACUAAGUGCAAUAUUGGAGCGUUUAAACUCAUCGUUUGUCUGUCUGCCAGGGGCUUAUGAACUGCCAGAGUGUUAGUCAUAACUGCGUUUCGUUGUCCAGGUGGUGGCAGGACAACAGCACAGCCAGGCAGCCGUGUGGGGCAGUGCUGCGGGACACAAUGCCUUACACAACACAUUUGAGGAUAAGAAGCUUUUCAUAACACAAAUUUGUAGAAUGAAAUUGAACUUCAGGUUAUGCUUUUUUAUUACUUAUUUUUUCAUUUAUUUUUUCUACAUAAGAGGAAGCUGGCUAGUGACUUUGAAAUCUUUAAGAAUAUAUACACACACACACACACACACACACACACACACUCAUUCACACAAUCGUGUAAAUACUACUUUCAUAACAGCCAAGGUAUGUAUGUCAACUAUUAAUACUCGUGGGAUAUUACCUGGGUAGUGGAAGGUAUUUAUGAAUAGAUUAACAUGAUGCUUAAUUUGCUCAGCCUAAGAAAUAUAUACAACGUCUCAGGUGAUGCAUCCCUACUCUGACUGUUUGGCUUCAAUGAGUAGUAGUUCCUUAAUGGGAUGACUGUGUGUGUGUGUGUGUGUGUGUAGGAUGAACAGUUCUCAAGCCAAGAAAUUUGAGGUUUAUUUGUGGUGAGAGAACAAAUGGACCUUUAGUUGUCAUCAAACACUGUUCCACACAUGUCACUCAGAAUUGAAUGGUGAGGUUGGUGGGGUCCAUCAGGAUAGGCUGGAGGACAACCUGUCUCAUCAGAAUCAAGGGAAAGGGACCUGGGAACAAAGGGUGGUUUGACUGCAGCACACACAAAUCUUGAGGACUUGAGAGUACUUUUUCGUGGUAACAAAGGGCGUGCAGUCAGUACAUGAUUGAUUCCUCCAGCAAUUUAAGACAAAGAAUACACAUCUCUACAUCAUGUUGUAAAGUUUCUAAUUCAAAGUGUGUAAAUACUUGCAAUUUACAUUGCAUCAUGUGGAUUAAUCAAAUGGCAGAAUAUUAUUUUGGAUUGUCACAUUAAUGAAGUGCCUUUAAUCAAAAUUAUUUUACUAAAUUUGUUAGUUUUGUUUAACAGAUGUACAUAACUUUAGAAAUUGUGAAUGUCUUGAGAAAGUAUCCUGUGACAGUGGUGUGUGUGUUGACUAAGAAAGUGAUGUCUCCAUGUAAGGGACUGUGUGUCUGGAUCAUCAUCUGUCUUUGUGUUGCAUUGACUGAUCUUACAUGUGAGCUUUGCUGCAAAUUAAGUAGGGUGUCCUGUGAUGAAAGUCACAAAGUGACACAAAUGAAAGAUCAAGAAGUUAUUUGAAGUCAAAAAUAUUCUUUGAUCAGAUGCUUUUUACACCAUGGUUUAUAAAUUACAGGACAUUCAGAUGUGAACAUACAUCAGUGGCAAGUGGCCACACAGCCCUGUCUUGCAAUCACCAUUAGAUCAGUCAUCAAAUGGAGUUUAUUACGUAUUAGCUAUUAAUUGCUACAACAAUACACCAUAUAAUUGAUUUUAUCUUUAUUUACGAAAUCUUGAUGUAUAAUAGCUACAACAAGCUCCAUAUGGCAACAGCAACCAACUGAAGGUUGCAGGAUGGAACUGUGCAGCCACUUACCAUUACCAUAUUAAAAUGUCCUGCAACUUCUAAACCAUGGCAUUAGAGCAUUUGACCAGAGAAUAUUUACCUCUUAGACUCUUGAUCUUUCAUUCCUGUAAGCAAGUGGCUUUCCUCCUGGGAGACCCUGUAUCUCUUCCUCCUCCUCCUGCAGGACAAUGAAAUAGGGCUUGCUGAUUCUUAUAUAUAUUUUAUUGUUGCUAAGAUAACCUUGUACAAUAGUCCUGUAAGCAUACUAUUGAUCUGUAGAGACAGGGGGGAGGGGAUCAAAUACGAGGUGGAGGGCUGUGGUGAGUAACUGGUUUGUAAACAUACUGUGUGGGACAUUCUCUGGAGAGAGAGAGAGAGAGAGAGAGAGAGAGAAGACACACACACACACACACACACACACACACACACACACACACACACACACACACACACACACACACACACACUACACACACACACACACACACACUACACACACACACACACACACACAUACACAAACACACACACACACACUACACAAACACACACACACACACUACACAAACACACACACACACACUACACACACACACACACACACACACUAAUUUUCAGGGAUAGGAAUUUCCACCAUUGUUAAUCUCUCUUCAUAGCUUGAUUUACUCAGCUCCAGAACCAUCUUAGAGACUGCUCUUUGUACUUUCUAAUUUUAUAACAUUUCUCCUCAUACAAAGAGAAAAUUAGAAAGAGUACAAAGAGCAGUCACUAAGAUGGUUCUAGAGUUGAGUAAAUCGACUUUAGAGAUUAGGAAUGUUGGAAAUUCUUACCCUUCAAAAUAGGAGAGAGAGAUUUAAUAAUCAUCUAUAGAAUGAUAAAUGGUAUGGAAAAUGUGGAGAAAGGUUUUAUAAAUUUAAACACACAGUACAAGGGUACACAGUAAGAAGUUGAAGAAAGUUAACUUAGGAAAAUGUGGACAAAGGUUUUAUAAAUUUAGACACACAGUACAAGGGAAUACAAUAAAUUGAAGAAAGUUAACUAGAAGACAUUAAGAAGUAUAGUUGUCCUCACCAGAAGUGUGAACAAAUGGAAUGAACUCAUUGAAGACAUUGUAAAUGCUGAAACUGUCAGUGCUUUUUAAGACCAAACUAGAUAGAUCUAGAGAUGGGAUACUAUGAGAUUACUCCUCUUCCAUAAACCACAACUAGGUAAAUACACACACACACAAGCGCGCACCUUGUCACUUCAUCUGUGUAUGAAUGACUUUGUUAAAUUUGAUGUAAUAAAAACCUCUUGACACUGACAUGAGUCAAACAGAAUGCGAAUAAAAGUCUUCACCACAGAUCUUUAGACACCUCCCACCUCAAAAAAGACAGUGUAGUAGCAGUAAACAGUUGAAUGUGAUGGAGCUAUUACUGCCACUGAUGGUGCAUAAUUACCCAAGGCAUGCCUGCUUUGUUUCCAUAUCUAAUUUCAUGUACAAGUCAAUUAUUAUUAUUUUAUUUUAUUUAUUUAUUUUUUAUUAAUGCAAUGCAAUGACCUGCAAUGGGAGACUUGUACAUUUGAAUAGUGAUGUUGAAACUAAAUGUGAUACAAGGCCUAUUAUAUAAUUCAUAGUUUAAUGCUACUUUCAUAAUUUAAUUUACUAAGAUAUACUUGGCACUGACACCUCUGUAUAUAUGCAACCUUUUUGUGUUCCUAUAUUCUUUCUUCAUUUAAAAAGUGUGUUGCAAUUCCAGUCCAGUGAUAUGCAGAUUAUUCAUUGCUUCUCUGAAUUAAGUGUGAUGAAAGUCUGUAUCACCACCACAAACACUGAACACUGGUCCACCAAACAGUCACUGCCACAAACACAAUCACCACCACACACACGGGUCCACCACACAGUCACCACCACACACACACACGGGUCCACCACAGUCACCACCACACGUACGGGUCCACCACACAGUCACCAACACAAACACUGGUCCACCACACAGUCACCAACACACACUGGUCCACCACAGUCACCAACACAAACACUGGUCCACCACACACACACACUGGUCCACCAAUGACUUGUGGAAUAUCAGUAUUUUGUUUGGAGUGGAAUACAAUUUUCUAAGCUGGGAACAUUCUGAGAAAUAAGUGAAGGGUUAUUUUCAUGGAAGCCUCUGUAAUACAGAGUGAUGGACUGAACUCAUCCACUGAAUUAAGAACACUGCUGUAUUAAAUACUGUAUAUAAUACUUUAUGUGCAUUUAUUCUAUCAUAUAACCCACAUUUGUUGGGGCUCUGUUUGGCAUCUGUUGAAAUGAUGCAGCAUCUAAUAAUUACUGAAUGUAACUGAACAUGUAUUAAAGUCAAUAAAAUGAAUUAUUA